GGGAGUCGCUGGCGCGGAGUAGCCGGUUAGGUGUGAACGGUGUGUGCGGUCGACUCCAAACACCUCCUGAACCAGGCUAUGUUGAAAGUUGCAAUUCUUGUACUGGACAUAUUACGGAAUAUUUUAUUUUCUUCAUAGCCUUUUUUCCGCAUGCACCUGAGGCUUUAUUAACAUUACUGAUUGGAUUAUUCUUUCGCUGAAAUGGUUUGAUGAAGCGAGUGUCAUGAUGGGGGAAUACUCGUCCGUCAUACUGGUAAUGCAUGUCCUCUGGAGCUGUGCAGGGACCCAGAGACAGCAGGCCUUCUCACCCCUGCAGUUCACACAAGCACAUUACAAUGUCACCAUAUAUGAGAACUCUGCUGCAAAGACGUAUGCUGAGGCCCCUCCAAAAAUGGGUAUAUAUUUGAGAGACCGGGCUUGGGACAUUCGAUAUAAAAUAGACUCUGGAGACAGUGAGAACAUGUUCAAAGCGGAUGAGUUUCUGCUGGGGGACUUCAGCUUUCUACGCAUACGGACUAAAGGAGGCAGCUCGUCCACCCUGAACCGGGAGAUCAAAGACCGUUACGAGCUCACGGUGACGGCCCACGAGAGGCUCAGUCGCGCCGAGGCUCAAACGCGAGUGGUCGUCCGCGUCCUCGACACCAAUGACCUCCGGCCGCUCUUCUCGCCGACCUCCUACAGCGUCUCCGUCCCCGAGAACACGGCCCUGCGGACGAGCGUGGGCAGGGCGGCGGCGACGGACGCCGACAUCGGCACUAACGGGCAGCACUACUUCAGCUUCAGGCAGUGGACGGACGUGUUCGCCGUCCACCCCGCCAGCGGCGUCAUCACUCUGACGGGCAAACUGGAUUAUAGUGAGGCCAAGCUGUAUGAGCUGGACAUCCUGGCAGAGGACCGGGGUCUGAAGCUCUACGGCAGCAUCGGUGGCAGUGGCGCUGAGGGCAUUGGUGGUGGGGGCGGUGGCAGCAGUGUGGCUAAGCUGACCGUCCACGUGCUGCCCGCCAACGAACGGACACCUGUCAUCACAGCUGUCCCCGUCACUCCCUGGAACACGACCCAGGACCCCACGUACGCCGUGGUGACAGUGGACGACGGCGACCCAGGGCUGAACGGGGAGAUCGCCUCACUGACCAUCGUGGCCGGCGACCCGCUCCAGCAGUUCAAAGUUGUGCGGAUGGGCCCAGGCAGCAACGAGUACAAGAUCAAAGCUGUGAAAGAGGUGGAGUGGGAGGGUCACCAGUUCGGCUACAAUCUGACCCUGCAGGCGCAGGACAGGGGCAGUCCACCAAAGUUCUCCUCUGUCAAAGUCGUGAGGCUGCAGCCCCCUCAGCAUUUCAUAGACCCGCCCAAGUUUGAGAGACCUAUCUACACAGUCAGACUGAGCGAAUUCGCACCUCCCCACACGUCUGUGAUUAGGGUGAGAGCUCAGCCUAACAGCCCUCUCAUCAGGUAUUCACUAAAGCCCAGAGCUCACCAGCCAUUGGGUCCUUUCACCAUCAACCCUAACACAGGCUUGAUAACAACAACGCAGACAGUGCAAGCCGAUCAUAUCAGCAAAUAUGAAUUCGAAGUCAUUACCAGUGACAGACAAGCCGCCACCAAAGUAGUCGUUGAGGUGAUUGAUGAAAAUAACAACACUCCAAAAUUCACUCAGCCAUACUACACUGUGAGUGUUAAUGAGCAUGUUCCACUCGGGACCAGCGUCCUAGCCAUCAGCGCGAGCGACGCCGACGAAGGUGAGAAUGGCUAUGUGACCUACACCAUUGCCAACGUGACCCCGCUGCCUUUCCACAUAGACUAUUUCACAGGUGUAAUCACCACCACCGAGGACUUGGACUACGAGCUCAUGCACCGCGUCUUCAGCCUCAGAGUGCGCGCGUCCGACUGGGGCUCGCCUUUCCGCCGAGAGGCCGAGACGACCGUUUCAAUUACGCUGAACAACUUGAACGACAAUGCGCCUUUGUUCGAGAACAUUGACUGUCAGCUCACUGUGCCAAGAUCCUUCAGCGUUGACGAGACGAUAGCCGUCAUCUCUGCCAUCGACAUGGAUGACUUGGGUGUAGUGCAGUAUGAAAUUAAAGCUGGGAACAAGUUGGGGCUCUUUGGCCUCCACCCAGAGUCGGGCAUACUGUCACUUAAAAAGCCAUUAGACUCUGGAGCGGCUGUGAAAAUGACUUUGCACACUUUGGAAAUAGCUGCGAACGACGGCGAGAACUCGAGUCCUCCGCUGUUCAUGAACAUAACGGUCGUGACAGGUGUAGAACAGGUCAGCUCCAAGUGUGUCGACACCGGCGUCGCCAGGGACCUGGCCGGGCGGCUGCUCUUCGGAAGUGCGAAGCGCCGGGGAGAAUUUGAGGAGUCGUACACAGAUGUUAAUUUGGUUAAUCAACAUCCUCCACGGCUGAUGGCGCCUCCUAAUUUACUCGAGGUGAAGGAGGAUGUGGAUGUCGGAACAGAAAUUCUUCAGUUCAGGGCGACAGAUGCAGAUAGUGGUUUCAAUGGGAAACUGUUUUUUGUCAUUUCAGGAGGAAAUCUUGAGAGUUGUUUCUCCAUAGACACAGACACAGGCAGACUUGUUCUAGAUGAACCUCUGGACAGAGAAACCACAGACCAGCACACUCUAAACAUCACUGUUUAUGAUUUGGGAUCACCCCAAAGGUCUGUGUCACAUAUUCUUAAAAUCAAAGUGCUAGAUGCCAACGAUAAUAGCCCUCAGUUUCAGCAACGGGAGUACUCCAUUGAAAUAAGUGAGGACACAGCAGUAGGGACAGACAUUAUUCAGCUGCAAGCCACAGAUAUAGAUCUGGGAGCAAACGGGGAGGUCAAAUACAGUUUCCUGACACAGACAGACCAGUUCCACAUCAAUGAGAAAACAGGCAUUGUAACUGUAAAAGGCAUGUUGGAUAGAGAGUCCCACGCGUCCUUUACUCUCAAGGCGGCCGCAUGCGACAGGCCUGUGGACGAGCCUGAGCUCAUUUCCAUCGUGAUACUCAGAGUGAUACUCGGAGACGUCAACGACAACCCACCCGUGUUUUCACACCGCCUGUACCGCGCCAGGGUCCCAGAGGACCUCCCGGUCGGGUCAGUCGUGGCCUGGCUGGAGGCGCACGACCCAGACGCAGGCCUCGCGGGGCAGGUACGCUACAGUCUGGGGGACGACGGAGACGGCGCCUUCCAGGUGGACAAAGUCAGCGGGGCAGUGAGGAUCUGGCAAAGUUUGGAUUUCGAAAAGAGACAGGUGUACAACUUGACCGUCCGAGCGCGGGACAAAGGCAAGCCGGAGCCCCUGACGUCUGUGUGCCACGUUGUGCUGGAGGUUGUUGACGUUAACGAGAAUCUCCACCGGCCCACCUUUCCUUUUUUUACCAAUUCGGCGUACGUGAGCGAGGACGCCCCAGUUGGAACUACAGUCCUAAAAGUGAUGGCAGCAGACAAAGACCCAGGUAGAGACGGAGAGGUCAGAUACACCAUAGGGGAUGGGUCUGGCCUGGGAGUGUUUGGCAUCAAUGAAGAAACUGGUGUUAUAUUCACCCAAGAGACGCUUGAUCGCGAAACCACAGGUCAGUACUGGCUAACUGUUUACGCCACUGACCAAGGAGUCGUUCCCCAGUCGUCUUUUGUGGAAGUGUAUAUUGAGGUCAGGGACAUCAACGACAAUGUUCCACAAACCUCGGAACCCAUCUACUACCCAUCUGUCCAGGAGAACUCCCCAAAGGACACCGCCGUCAUCCAGAUUGAAGCAUUUGACCCUGAUACUGGGUCUGACAAGCUGGCCUACAGGAUAACCAGUGGGAAUCCCCAAGGGUUUUUUGUCAUCGAUCCCAAGACAGGAUUGGUGACGACAACAUCCCGCAAAUUAGACAGAGAAAAACAGGAGGAACACACUCUCCAGAUCACUAUCACUGACAGCGGCGCUCCAGCGAAGUCUGUUAGUGUUCGAGUGAUUGUGAACGUGCUGGAUGAGAAUGACAACGCUCCUCAGUUCCUGGAGACGGUCUACAGAAUCAGGUUGCCAGAGCGGAGCCGGACGCUCGCGAGAGAGCCGGUGUACAGGGUGCUCGCCUCGGACCACGACACAAGCCAAAACUCAGAGAUCUCCUACAGCAUCGAGGACGGCAACAAACAAGGGAGGUUCUUCAUCGACCCCAGGUCCGGGCGGGUAUCCACCAGAGAAGCCUUCUCUGCAGGAGAAUACAAUGUCCUCACGAUAAGGGCCGUGGACAACGGCCGGCCACAGAGGUCGUCUACCUGCCGGCUGCACGUGGAGUGGAUCCCCAGGCCCAAAGUGCCAGCGCAGGCCCUGGAGCUGGACAAGGAGGCGCCGGCCACGUUUACGGUCAUGGAGUCGGACAAAGUGGGUCACAUGGUGGGGGUCAUCCGCACGGUGCUCACUGACUCCCCCGUCUGGUUUGCAAUUAAAGGAGACGUAGAUGCUAAAGAGGUUUUUCAAAUCGUUCAGAUGGCCUCUGACCGGAAUGGUACAGCAGAAGAAACAGGUGGAAAGGAUGACAGUAGGUUUGAUGUCAACAAGGGCAGUGGAACGCUCAUCGUCGCAGGACCGCUUGAUGCUGAACAAAAUUCAAGUUACAACUUGACCAUAGAAGCCACAGAUGGGUCCAGGUGCAUAACUACACAGGUCGUAAUUAAAGUGAUUGACACAAAUGAACACCGACCUCAGUUUUCUCAGGCUGUGUACGAGAUUAGCAUCCCAGAAGAGACGCAGGCCGGCGCUAAAAUCCUGGAGAUCCUUGCCACCGAUAAAGACCUGAAGAGCAAAUUAUCUUACACGCUACUGAGCAGCACCGACCCCCUUAGCCUGCAGAAGUUUCGCCUUGACCCAGGAACUGGCUACUUAUACACCACUGAGCCUCUGGACCACGAAGUCAUGAAAAGACACACACUUACUGUAAUGGUACGAGACCAAGACAUUCCAGUGAAGCGUAAUUUGGUGCGGGUGAUAGUCAAUGUGGAGGACAACAAUGACAACGCCCCCUCCUUCACGAGUCCUCGGUACACGGGCCGUGUGUUAGAGACGGCUGCCCUGGGCACUGUGGUGGCGCAGGUGACUGCCCUUGACAAGGACAAAGGGGUGAAUGCUGAGCUGCUCUACAGCAUAGACUCAGGGAAUGAAGGCAACAAAUUUGCUAUUGAUGCGUUUUCUGGAAUGAUUACCGUCGCCAAGGAGCUCGACAGCAGCAGUGAGAGCCGGUUUAUGCUAACCAUCAAAGCCUUCGACCAGGGGGAGCCUCCUCGGAGUGCUGAAACAACGGUCCACAUUUCUGUCACCAUCUCUGAUAACGCCAAACCGAAAUUUGCCCUUGAAGAAAUCUCGGCAGAAAUCAGCGAAGCCGCUCCAGUCGGGAGUUUGGUGACUGUGGUCGAGGCCUCCAGUCAAUCAUCAGUCACCUACCAGAUCAAAGAAGGAAACAUUGACUUUGCCUUCGCUAUAAAUCCAAACUCGGGUGCCAUUGUCACACUAAAGCCUUUAGACUACGAGACUAAAUCUUUAUACAAAUUGAUUGUGCAAGGUACAAACAUGGCUGGAUUUGAAAGCAACAUGACAGUUUUAGUUCACAUUAAGGAUGAAAAUGACAAUGCCCCAUUCUUCACAAAAGCUGAAUACUUUGGAACGAUUAGUGAGUCGGCUGCAAUCAAAAGCUUAGUCUUAACUGACGGAAACACCCCCCUGGUCAUCCAAGCUACUGACAUGGACACAGACCUGAACGGCAGACUCGUGUACGAGAUUGUAGAGCCAGACGCACGGAACUACUUUGCCCUCGACUCCAGCACAGGUGCAUUUCAGACAGCGUCAGAGCUCGACUACGAGCAGAGGACCACUUUCCAAUUUACUGUGCAGGCCCACGAUACUGGCGCCCCACGGUUAUUUACUAGCAACACUGCCAGAGUGACCAUCCAAGUCAUUGAUGCUAAUGACUGCACACCCAAAUUCAGCCAGGACUUAUAUGAGGCGACUCUCCUUCUGCCAGCAUACCAAGGGGUAAGAGUUAUAGCGGUGAAUGCAACAGACAACGACUCGCUGGCCAAUGCCAAAUUGCUUUUCUCUAUUUCAGAUGGCAAUAUUGGAGACAAAUUCAGAAUUGAUGCCGUUUCUGGUGGCAUUUUUAUCCAGAAUGCUACCCAGCUUCGUAGCAGGUACAGACUCACCGUGAGGGUGUCUGAUGGCCGAUGGCAGAGCACUUCAGUGGUGAAAGUUGCGGUGAAGGAGAACAAAGAUCCGAACUUGCAGUUUACCCAAAAAAUAUAUACAGCUGUCGUGCGAGAGAAUUCCUCAGAGAGGAAAACCCUCGCCAUAGUGUCCACGGUAGGGAGGAAGACUAACGAGCCUCUCUUUUACACCAUUCUCAACCAAGAUGGCCACUUUGAAAUAGGUCAAACCUCAGGGGUUCUCUUUACAACUGGAAAACCGUUUGAUCGAGAGGAGCAAGACAUGUAUGAGGUUGUGGUUGGUAUUACAAGAGAACCAAAGUCACCCAAGGUCGUUUCCCAUGUUCUGGUCAGAGUCACAAUUGAGGACGUUAAUGAUAGUCCACCAGUGUUUGUGAACCUGCCCUAUCAUGCCCUAGUUCAGAUAGACGCGGAAGUGGGCCAAAUUAUUAGACAGAUGUCUGCUGUCGACCAGGACACUGGCAGAAAUGCAGAGGUCAAAUACCUCCUGAAUGAGCACAAGUAUUUUCAGAUGUCCUCCUCAGGAGACAUCACUCUUAAGAGGCCUUUUGAUCUGGAGACCCUAAACACAAAGUUUGUACUAAGUGUGGUCGCACAAGAUGGAGGAGAGCCCGCUCUGUCCUCCACAGUUGAGGUUGAAGUGACGGUCCUAAACAAGGCUGCCCCCAUUUUUGAAAAACCCUUCUACAACAUUGAAAUAUCCGAGAACACCCUGCCACACACUUCAAUUCUGCAAGUUCAGGUGAAUGGUUUGAAUGGCCCCAGGGCUGUGUACAGCAUCUUUGAAGGGGAUCCUCUUAGUCAUUUCUCCAUUAGCUUCAACUCGGGGGUCAUUAGCGUCGUUCAGACUCUGGAUUACGAGGUCCACCCUGCUUAUAAAUUGAGAGUGCGAGCCACAGAUGCUGUGACUGGUUCUCAUUCAGAGGUUUUUAUCGACAUCAUAUUGCUGGAUGUCAAUGACAAUGCCCCAGUGUUUGAAAUGGAUACCUACAAAGUCACCCUCUCGGAGUCCGUUGUGAUUGGCGCAUCAGUGCACCAGGUGAAGGCUGUAGAUGCUGAUUUUGUGAGUAAUAAAUUAGUCUCCUAUGAGCUGUUGGAGCCUGAGGGCUCUGUCUCCACUUUUUUCCAGAUUGAUUGCGACACAGGGGUCAUCUCCACUACCAGCCUUUUAGACUAUGAAACAAAGUCACAACACACUCUCAGACUAAGGGCUGUGGACAAAGGUACCCCUGCCUUGACCAGCGAGGCUUCAUUGAUCAUCGACGUGUCUGAUGUCAACGACAACCCGCCCACGUUCACACAAGGCUCUUACGACGUUGCUGUUAGUGAGCUGGCCACUCAAGGCCACUUUGUUCUAAGUGUCCAAGCAGCCGACGCCGAUGUCUCAGAUGCUGGCAAGCUGGAGUACUUUUUCCUCUCGGGCAACGAGCGGGGACACUUUGCUCUAAAUAAAAAGACUGGACAAGUAGUGAUGUCAAAUCACCAGCGGAGUGGCAUGCAGCCCUCGUACAGUAUGAACGUGCUGGUGACGGAUGGCGUUUUCAGAAGCUCUGCUGAGGUGAACAUCAAAGUGAUCCGUGAAAACUUGCACAGCCCUACUUUUGCCCAGAGCCCGUAUGCCGUUGAGCUCCCGGAGAAUUCCCCCAUUGGCACACUGGUCACGGAAGUCAAAGUCACAGACAGAGACGAAGGGGUGAAUGGCCAAGUGAAAUAUUCUAUAGUCAGCGAGGUCACGAGAGAUAAGUUUGCCAUUGACGCUGAUGGACAGAUCUACACUCUGGAGAGCUUCGAUAGGGAGAACAGCCUUGAGAAAGCAAUAGCUAUACAUGUAAUGGCAAAAGAUGGCGGCGGCAAAGUUGGAUUUUGCACUGUCAAUGUGAUCAUCACAGACAUGAAUGACAACACCCCUCAGUUUGUUGUGUCUGAGUACAAUGUGUCAGUUCCUUGGGAUAGCCCUACAGGAAUGUCCAUCGUCAAAAUAACCGCUAUUGAUGUGGAUGAGGGAAUCAAUGCUGACAUUCUGUAUGAAAUUGACUCGGAGGUGCGUCACUUUGACAUUCACCCCCAGAGUGGUGUUAUCACCGUAAAGCAAAGCCUGUUUGGUUUUGAGAAUUAUCUCUACACUCUCUAUGUGAAGGCCAGGGAUUCCGGAACGCCACAGAAGCACUCGUUUAUUCCCGUUAAUAUCGUGGUGGUGCCGUCGCACGUGUCACUUCUUGAGUUUGUGAAGCCGUCCUUGCAGCUGACGAUCGCAGAGGACCUCCCUGUUGGGACCGAGAUGGACGUGAUCCAGGCAGAGGGUGGUGAGCCGUCAGUGACGUACAGCCUCGUGAGAGGCAACAUCGCCGAGAGCAACCGAGAGGAUGUGUUUGUCAUCGACAGUAUGACUGGUGUGCUGAAACUAGUAAAGCGUCUGGAUUACGAAAGCACCCAUUGGUAUGGCCUCACGGUGCAGGCCAGCAGACUUCAGGAGGGGAUGGAGAUCUUGUCUUUGAUGGAGGUGACAGUUGAGCUGAAGGACGUGAACGAUAACAGCCCCCAGUUUGAUUCUGACCCGUACGAGGCUUACGUGGUGGAGAACUCUCCAAGGCAGACAUCGGUCAUCCAGGUUAGGGCCUUCGACCUGGACACGGGAACGAACGGCCAGGUGACGUAUAGCCUGGACGAGAGCCAGGAGCGGCCUGAGGUCCUGGAGCUGUUCGCCGUGGAGGAAACCACGGGCUGGCUGGUCACACUGAGGGAGCUGGACCGCGAGCAGAGAGAGAGGUACACCAUAUCGGUCAUCGCCUCGGACCAAGGCAAGGAGCGGCAGAUGAUGGCCACUGCUGCGGUGGAGGUGACUGUGGUGGACGUCAACGACAACCCACCGCGCUUCGCCGAGGAGGUCUUCAAAGCCACGGCGAGGGAAGAUGACUCACCGUCUACAGUGGUUGCUGUGUUUAGCAUCGCUGAUGCAGACAGUGAGGAGACAAACAGACAAAUCAGCUGCUACAUCACAGGUGGGGACCCUGUAGGGCACUUUGGCAUUGAACAGAGUCAUGGUGAGUGGCGACUGACUGUGAGGAACCCUCUGGACAGGGAGAAAAGGGACAAUUACCUCUUAAACCUCACAGCCACAGAUGGCACCCAUUUGGCCAGAGCAGCUGUGGACAUCGAAGUCCUGGACGCCAACGACAACAGUCCGGUUUGUGGAAAGAGUGUGUACGCUGGAACGGUUCCUGAGGACGCGCCGGCUGGCCUGCUGAUCUUACAGGUGUCGGCCACUGAUGCGGAUGUCCAUGGCAACGCAGAGAUAACCUACCAGCUGUCUGGAGAUGGGGCCGAACGCUUCAGCCUGCAUCCGACCACAGGUGAGCUGAGAUCUCUCUUGCCCUUGGACCGUGAGGAGAGGCAGGCGUUUAAGCUCACAGCGCAAGCACAAGAUGGAGGGGGUCUCUCCUGCCAGGUCGCCGUGGAGAUAGCCGUGACCGAUGUCAAUGACAACCCGCCGCGGUUCACACCGGACGCCCAUCACUUCAGCGUGGCGGAGAACACGGAGCCUGGGACCUACGUGGCCCAGAUGCAGGCCAUGGACCCGGACACUGGGAUGAAUGGCAAAAUCCUGUAUUCGUUCGAGGACUCGGCCGGAGGCCUGUUUUCCAUCCAGGAACGUUCAGGAAUCAUAAGUUUGGAGAGGUCCCUUGACCCCAGUGUCCAGGCCACCUACACACUCCGAGUCCGCGCCACUGACCAGGGCACGCCCCGUCAGCUGUCUUCGCUCAGCUCGGCGACUGUCACUGUCCGCACCGCUGCCGACAGCCCGCCCGCGUUCCAGCUCCGGGAGUACGUGGCGACCGUCCCCGAGGACGUCUCCAUGGGAACGCAGAUCCUCCGCGUCUUCGCCAGCGGCGGGGACUCUGGUGCGCGGCACGGCGAGAUCGCCUACUCCAUCACCGGCGGCAACGAGCAGGGAGCGUUCAGCAUCAACUCCCGCACGGGCGACAUCUUUGUGAUCGAAAGUCUGGAUUACGAAUCAUCCCAUGAGCACUUCCUGACUGUGGAGGCCAAAGUGGAGGGGAAGGAGCCAUUAAGUGACAUCGCCUCUGUUCAAGUCAACGUGACGGACGUCAACGACAACAGCCCUGUCUUCAGCCAGGGGGUGUACUCAGCGGUGGUCAGCGAGGACGCCAAGCCAGGGACCGCUGUGGUGACCAUCACGGCCAGCGACACUGAUGGGCCCGCCAACAACCGCGUCCGAUUCUCUAUCAUCGGCGGCAACCAGGGGACUCCGUUCAUCAUCGACGCAGUUAGCGGGGAGCUGCGAGUGGCCCGGCCACUAGACAGAGAGCAGAUAUCGGAGUACGCCCUGACCAUCCUGGCCUCUGACAGCGGCAGUCCGUCCAAAUCCAGCAGCACUGCGAUCACCAUCGAUGUGUCGGACGCAAACGAUAAUCCACCCGUCUUCACCCGGGCAAACUACAGCCUUGUCAUCCAGGAAAGCGUCCCCAUAUCCAGCAGUAUCCUGCAGCUCCAGGCCACGGACGGUGACGCACCUCACAAUGGCCCCCCCUUCACCUUCUCCAUCGUGCGCGGUGACGAGAGGGGCGCCUUCCAGAUGGAUCCGCAAGGAACACUCACCACACGCUCCCCACUCAGCCACAGAACUCAGGAGAACUAUCUGCUGCGCGUGAAGGUUGUAGACAGUGGCAAGCCUUCCCUGUCCGCGACCACGGUGAUCAGCAUCAGGGUCGUGGAGCAGAGCCGCCACCCCCCGGUCGUGCUCCCCCUGGAGGUCAUCGUCUACACCCCCCAGGACGAGUUCCCCGGCGGCUACCUGGGCAAGGUCCAUGCCACCGACAACGAUCCUUACGACACGCUCUCGUACAGUCUUCCUCCUAUCGAUGCCUCCUCCUCCUCCUCCUCCUCCCCCCCUCCACAGGACCUGUUCUCCGUGUCCCCAACAGAUGGACGUCUGCUGGCCACUCGAGGCCUGGACGCGGGUCUCUACCCACUCAACGUGUCUGUCAGCGACGGGCGCUUCUCCGCGUCGGCCCCCGUCAGCGUCCACGUGCGCAGGGCCACGCGGCGCAUGCUGGAGCACGCUGUCGCCAUGCGCGUCUCCCCCGUCACCCCCGAGGAGUUCCUCACCGACCACUGGCGGAACGUCCAGAGGGCUGUGCGGAACGCGGCUGGGGCCCGUCGCGGUGACAUCCACCUCCUCAGCCUCCAAGCCACAGAACCGGACCCGGGGGCCGCUCCAAAGCGGAACCUAGACAUGCUGUUGUCCGUGGAGGUGCGAACAACAUCGGCAGGCGCACGCCCCGGCCUACAGGGGGCACUGCUGCACAAGAUAAACGCCUCUCUGGCCUCCCUCAGGCAGACGAGUGGCCUGCGCGUAGCCCAUGUCCUCAGGGGCCCCUGUGCUUUCCUGCAGGACUGUCCGGUCACGUUCUGCAGAGAGCUGGCCGUCCUGGACCAGGACGCCAUGUCCACUCACAGCAGCGCGAGGCUGAGCUUCGUUUCUCCUCGCCACCACAUGUCCGCCAUAUGUCUGUGCAAAGAUGGAAAAUGUCCAAAGCCAAACAGCCCAUGUGAAGACAGCCCAUGCCCAGAUGGAUUUCGCUGUGUACCUGCUGAAAAAGAAGACAAAUACAGUUGUCUGUGUGAAAGCAGUAAAAAGGGAAAUUGCUCAGGGGGGGCAGCGUUGACACUGUUUGAGAACAGUUUUAUUAAGUACCACCUGCCAGAGGACGUGAGUCAAGAGGAACUGAAGAUCUCUCUCAGACUGAGAACCUUCUCCAGUCAUGGAACUGUCAUGUUUGCUAAAGGGCAUGAUUACAGCAUCCUGGAAAUUGUGGAUGGCAGACUGGAGUUCCAGUUUGACUGUGGCUCUGGCCAGGCAACCGUAUCCGUUCACAGCGUCCAGGUGAACGACGGCCAGUGGCACAGUGUUUGGCUGGGGGUGGAGGGCAACCGUGCCAAGCUCGUCCUGGACCGCGUUCACAGCGCGUCCGGCAUCGCUCCCGGCGACGGCUGCUCCCUCCACCUCCGCGAUGCCGUCUUCCUCGGCGGCCACGCACACCUUCUCAGCCUCCGGCCCAGGCGGAGUUUGCCCGGCGUGGCCUCCAACAGGGCCGCUGGUGGCUUGCGUGGCUGCAUCGACUCUGUUCUGGUGAACGGUCAGCCACUGUCGCUCGGCAGACAGUCCCCGUCUGGCGCCACGCUGGUGGAGGACAUGGUUGGCGUCCUGCCAGGCUGCGCCAUGUUCUCAGUGGACGACUGCUCCAACAACCCAUGCCUGAACGGAGGGAGGUGCACGCUCAAGCCUAACAGAGGCUACUCCUGCCAGUGUGAAGCCAUGUUUAUUGGGACACGCUGUGAAGCCAGACUCAGCUCGUGUGUCUCCAAUCCCUGUCUCUACGGUGGAACCUGCGUGGACAACAGCAACGGUGACUUCUACUGCCAGUGCCGGGGGCAUUACUCUGGACAACGGUGUCAGAUCGGGCCCUACUGUGCUAGCAGCCCCUGCCAUAAUGGUGGACACUGUAUUGAAAGCCUUGAUGGGGCUGUGUGUGAGUGUCCCACAGGCUUCACAGGUGAAAGGUGCCAAAUGGACGUGGACGAGUGCCAGAAGGAGCCCUGUGGGAACGGCGGGCGGUGUGUGAACACGCACGGCUUCUUCCACUGCAUCUGCGCCCCGGGCUUCGCCGGCGUGCUCUGCCAGGUCCACGGCGAGCUGCGGCACAAGUACCCCCCGUCCCCCUCCUGGACCAUGGGCCUGGAGGAGAUCUUGGGCAGCGUCCUGGUCUUCGUCUGCGUCUUCCUCGUCUUGCUGCUGUUCGCCGGCUGCUGGCGGGCAGGCUGCCCUCUGAGGAGGACGACGAGGAAGAAGGGCGAGGAAGAGGAGGGGGGCGAGGCGGGGGAUGGACGCAGGGAGGCCCGGGCUUUCCUGCAGAGGUCCUACCCGGACACCAGGCCCGCCAGGGUGACCUUCGCAGCCGCCCCUCCGCAGGUUCCCAUCAGGCCCGCGGCCUACACCAGAGAGGACAGCGCUCUCCAGGGCUCAGACAUUCCAGAGUACUUUGAGUCGAGCGUGUUUCAUCAGGACCACCCGCCGGCGCGCAGCAGGGGGGAGCGUAAACCGGUGGCGGUAUGCAGCGUUGCCCCCCACCUGCCUUCCCGCUGCUCUCCUGUCUCGCCCACGGAUGGAGACUCCUUCCACAAGCCCACCUGGGACUACGAGGAUGACGCUGAGCCCUUUAUGAAGAAGAGGUCCCGUUCUCGUGGUUUUAACACACCAGAAUCCUGCUCCCCAAGCUCCCCACGGUCAGAGUCAAGCGAUGACAAUGGCUAUCACUGGGACAUCUCUGAUUGGAUACCCAGCAUGCAGCUGUGUCAUGUCCAGGGCCUCCUACACAAUGACUCUGUACAAACCCCUCCUCCUGGCUACAUCAAGCCCACCAGCAUCGACACAGAUUACCUCACCUCCGGCUUAGACAUCGAAAGCGAAUUUACCUCUGCCUUACAAUACCCCGCAGAUGUCCAUCUGCCCCCUGUCCAUCUGCCCCCUGUCCUAAGACUUCCUGAGAGUUAUAGUCCUAUGCUGCCCUGUAGAGACACUCACCCAUCUGCAGACAGUCAGUCUUCUAAUUGCCCGGUGAAAGCACAUUGUCUCAUCCACAGAGCAAGACUUACCACUCCUUUGACUCAAAUAGUGCCUCAGGGCUCAGUAUCAGGACCGUCUGAUUUUAACGGUCAAGACCGCCACUCCGAAUGCCUGGGACAAGAUGAUGGUGACAUUUGUUUGCCCAUGCGGUCAUGCUCCGACGUGUCGGCCUACGGUGAGGACUGUGAUUCCAUGUUGAGUGACAGUGAGAGUUCAGAUGGAUGGUCUUUCCAGUCACAAAAGACCACUCACACAAAGUAAUACUAAUGUGUGAUGACUGUUGUUUUUUCAUCAUUAUUUAUCCAUGAUGAACUCUUGGAACCCUAUAGUCAGUAACAGUUUGCUAUCUUUAAUAUUAUUGGUGUGUAGCAUUAAGAACCUCACUGAACAAGCAGAUUGAGACAAGGUACAGUUUUCGCUAUGACAGAUCAAUGAAGUUGGUGUUCGGUGCUCUUGUUUGACCUUUUCAAAUUUGCCGUCUCUGUAACCCCUUCCCGUAGUGGGCACUGUGAUUGUAAGAUAAAGCCUGUGAUUACUUGACUGGCAGGUCCCCAGCAGAUCACAGUUUUUAGUCACUUAAAAUUGUGAUUUGUUUCAGUUUAUCAAGAAAUCAUAAGUAGUUUGUAAACAAGAGUCAGAUGUAAUGUAUAAUUUGGUAUCAUUUAAAAUAUAAACAGAUUUUGUAUAUACGUAUUGAUCUUAUUUGUGGUAACUUGUGCUCUAUGAACUGUUGUAUAUGUCUUGAUUUUGUCUUGAUUAUUGUAUAUGUCUUGAUUUUGUAAUGACAUUUGAAAUACAGUUAUGACAGUUGGACAUACAAUGUAGACAAUUCUAUAUAUGGUUGUGAUUCUCAAAGCUCCAACUCAUUUUAUACAGGAAUCACCAAUUGUGGAAUGCAGUCAUAUGUAAAGUUGCAGAGUUUCAUUAUUUCUUUUUAUAAUAAACUAUUUAUAUGAA